CGUAGCUACCCAGCAUACACAAGAAUGAGUCCCUACUAUCAAUAUGAGGAACAAGUUCAUACAAAUCGUAAAGAUAUGAUGGUUAUGCCUGUUUAUAGUGAAAAUGAGGAGAUGCAUAAUUCGAAUCGUUAUACUGGAUUUACGGAAUAUGGAAUGUCUUCAUGGGUCAAGCAAACACCUGAUAAUCAACCCAUACAAAACACUUCAGUGCCAUCAUCCUACACAGAAUUUAUAAAUCCAUCCAAUCUACCAAAUCCUCUUCAAAAUUCUUCUACUAUUAAACCGACAAUCAUGAAGCAAAGGGGCCCCAAUAAUGUCCGCUAUCAACCUUUUCAAAUAACCCAAACUUCACUUACGCAACAAGAUACUUUAUCUUGGUUCUGCACUCAGUGUAAUUACCCGAUGAUAUGUCGUAUUCGUCUGUCUCCAUGUUAUCACCUUAUAUGUAUAUCUUGUUUUCUCCAAAUUUGUACUGAAAAAAGCAACAAAUGUUUUUGUUGUUCUUCUGUUUGCUCGUUUGCCGAGGCUUUGCAUCAUCAGGAUGAAGUCUUUACAUGCUCAGGAUCAUGUUAUGGAUAUAAACAAAAAGUUAAAGGUCGUUCUUUUUUAAAUCAAGUGUCUCUUAAAGCCCAUGAAUUAUUUUUUCAUAUGGGCGAAUCGAAUGAAUGUUUAUCGAAUCAGGAAGAGGAUCCGCGUGCAGCGGCUCCAGUAGACCUCAUGAAUGGUGCGCAUCAAUAUACUGAAUCAACAUGUGACCCGUAUAGUACGUCUCCAUCUAUUUCUGGAGAGUUACAAGGCCAAAAUACCACAACAUACGUACCUGAGCUACCUUCUGAAGUAAUGCCAUUUGAAAAAACGGAAAAUUUAACACCGAUUCCACCACAAUCGACUUUCAAUUUACGGCAUUCAUCGUCUCAAUAUACAGAAGUUAAUAAGGCUGUAUAUCAUGAUACUUGUAUAACCGAUAUUGACGUAUCCAAUCCUCAUUUAAAUAAUUCUGUACGAAAGGAUUCAGGUUCUGCUAAUUAUUUAAGUAAUGAGUGUCAUCAAUAUAUAAAUGAGUUUAAUACUGUGAGACGAACAAAUCAAGGCAUUCCUUUUACCGAAGAUCCACGCGUCAAUUUUAGGAAUUCGAAUCCUCAAUUGAUGCAUGCGUCAAUGUCGGGAAGACACAUUCAGUGUACAGCUACCCCAGAUCCUCCAAACGCUGAAUUCAUCAAUCCAGUGACUUUAUCAAACAUUCCUUACCCGACUAUUCACCAGAACUCGCAACCUACUUCCUCUACGGCUGCAACACAAAAUUAUGCUCCUGUUUCGUCUUCGUAUGACGUGUCACACAAUCUAUCGACGACUUUAAAUAUUGAUCCACCUAAGAAAACUUUUUAUAUGUCAUCUGAGGUCAUGCACCCAACAAAUUUUAAGAACAUUUCGAAUCAACCAAAAUCAAAUUUAUCCAUUGUUUUAGACAACUCUAAUCAACAAGCAGACUUUGAAUACUUAUUUUGAUCAUUAUCAUCAAAUCGAAUUCCCAAGAUACUCUUUCCGCUUUGAGUUGACCGUUAUAGAACGAGUCAAGCUUUUUUUGUUUUUUAAAUUAUAAUAUGAAGAAGUGCACAACGACAAAAAGUGAUACAAAGAACAAGGUUUUUUCAAUUUAUUUUUAUUUAUCUUCAAUGUGUGAACUGUUCUUAUUAAGUAAUCUAUUUUUUUCUGAAUUCAUAUACAAAGUUUCUCAGCUUACAAAGUAUAUUAUUUAUGAUAGCCAAUUUCUAGAAUAAAAUUUUACUUAAAAUUUUGGUCAUUGCAAAACAUUUUUUUACAUUAGCCAAGUCUUUGUCCUAAGUAGAUACUAGAAUAAAAAUUGGAGAUUAUUUGAAUUCGUGGUAUUUCUUUUUUUUUUUUGGUGAUCGAUUAUACAAUAUGAGAAGACUAACUGUCAGA